AUGAAGAAGAAUAUGAUGAUUGCCCGAAGUGAGAAGAUAGUGAUUUGGGUGAGCUGGAAACCGUCGGAAACAGGGUGUGUGAAACUUAACACUGAUGGUGUAAGAAUUAGAGACAAAAAUGUUGGUUGUGGAAGAAUUAUCAGAGGGACCGACGGAGACUGCAAAUGGGGUUUCUCUAAGUUCUUAGGUAAUUGCAGUGUUAUUCGAGCAGAGCUUUGUGUGUCUUUGAAGGGCUCAAGCUUGCCAACAAGUUAUGCUUUACGAAAGUCGAACCGAAUGUGGAUUCGACUCAUCCUUGGUGAAGCAAUCACCUGUCUUGUUAAGGAUAUGAGAGACAUUAAAUUAUCUCACUACUAUAGAGAAGAAAAUGACUGUGCAGACGCGUUAGCUAAAUUUGGAGCCACUUGUGGAGAAGACCUUAGAUUCGGCGAUGAGCAUCCGGUUUUCAUAUCGCAAUUACUUUACAACGAUGAAUCAGGUCAUUCGGUUCCGAGGUUAGCCUCGUUGUAG